GACAGUCUGUUGUUUUGUUUUUACAGGUCUUGCAUCGACCGAUAAUUUCAAUUUCUAUAAUACGAUUUUUCACGGUUUCUUACAAUUUCUGGCAUAGGUUCAACAGUGAAACCGUUGCUGGUAAAAUGUCUCUGCUAUGUAACACCGGUGAUUGGUACACGCUGGGUCAUGGUAACUCGUACAGGAAAAUCGACCUGUACACAAUGGAUUGGCCGGCCAGCAUCAAUCUGGAACAGAUGGCGGUACAUGCGGCUUCCUAUGGGGGUCCCAUCGCGCUGGUUAAGGACUUUAAGCAGUUCAUUAAACUAACCGGCACAGGAACGACAAAACCGAUGGUUCGCAUUUUCAAUUGCGCCGGAAAACUGAUCUCGUCCAUCACCUGGGACAACGGUAACCUGGUCUGUAUGGGUUGGUCCGAUGCGGAAGAAUUCCUGUGCGUGCAGGAUGACGGGUUCGUGUGGAUCUACGACAUGUUCGGUAACUUUCAGCACAAGUUCAGCAUGGGCAAAGACGUAACUGAGGUGAUCGAUGCGAAGAUUUUUGCCUCAAGCUCGGGAACGGGAGUGGCGGUGAUUACGGCUAGUUAUAAAAUUUACAUCGUAAACAGUAUCAAAGAUCCGAAAUCUCGCCCACUGUCGGAAUUAUUGACCAUACCCAGAGAUCUAACGUGUUGGGAAUUGGUGUCGCAGGAACGUAAUACGUGCUGUCUGCUCGCUAGGGACACCGAAAUAAUGUUGGCUCGUCAUGGAGAUAGUGCUCCCAUGACCCAUAUCAUUACUAUGAAAGCUGAGUUUUCUAGCAUCGUGGCAAUAGCCGUUUCCUUCAAUCAUCGCCAUCUAGCGAUCUACACCAAUACCGGCAUGCUUUGGCUUGGGUCUUCGGAUUUAAAGUCAAAGUACUGUGAGUUUUCUACUGGACGCAGUGAACGACCACAGCAAAUUAUGUGGUGUUGUGACCCUGACGGACAAGCCGUCGUCGUUAGUUAUCCUUCGAUGGUUCUGGUUGUGGGAACGACUGGCGAUUCCAACAUCUACACCUACGAUUCCCCGACCGUACUGAUUCAGGAAAUGGAUUCGGUUCGAAUUCUUACCAACUCGUACCACGAAUUGAUUCAGAGAGUUCCUAGAUGUACGAGUAACAUCUUCGGAAUCAACAUAUCCGAACCUGCGAGCUUCCUGUUCGAGGCACAUCGGAAGUUUCAAGAACGGAGUCAUCAAUCCGACGAGUACCUGUGCUUGAUUCAGAACCGCUUGAAGGCUGCAGUCGCUGAGUGUGUGGAAGCUGCCGGUCAGGAGUUUGAUCCGCACACACAGAAAAGCUUGAUUCGUGCGGCUUACUUCGGAAAAGGUUUCCUGCCCGGCUUCAGUCCCGAUAAUUAUAUCGAUAUGUGUCGAAUUUUGCGAGUGCUGAAUGCUCUCCGGGAUCGCAACGUUGGAAUGCCGCUGACUCUCAGACAAUUCAACUAUCUUCAACCACUGGUCAUUCUGGAUCGGUUGAUCUUCCGUAAGCAUUAUGCGCUGGCAAUUCAAAUUGCGAAACACCUGAAAUUGCCGGAGUCUCGCAUUUUAGAGCACUGGGCGUAUCAUAAAAUUGUACACGAUAAAAAUGAAGACGAGGUUGCCCGCAAAAUUUCGGAGAAAUUUCUGUCGCAUCAAACACUCGAACGAAUUUCAUUCGCCAACGUUGCCAAAAAAGCCCAACAGGUUGGGAAGACAAAGCUGGCAAUCACACUGCUGGAGUUGGAACCGAGAAAAGGUCUUCGGGUGCCGCUACUGCUUAAGCUCGGUGCCAACGAAAAGGCCCUAGUGGCUGCGACCCAGUCGGGCGAUACGGAUCUGAUCUACAUGGUGAUUCUGGAAAUGAAAAGUACUACGGCUCUAGCAACCUUCCAGAUGAUCAUCAGACGCUUCCCACUGGCUCAAAAUCUGUACAAAAAGUACUGCCAAGCGAACAGUUUAUCGACACUGAAGGACAUUUACUCACAGGAAGAUGACUUCCAGUCACAAGCGGAGCUAGCUUUACGCGAGGCGAUUGAGAUCAAUAACGUGGAGGUUUCCAUCCCGGAUAUCAGUGGAAACUACAAGAAGGCUAGCAAAACUUUGGAAACGGAAGCUUGCGAUGAGACCAAGAAACUUAUGAAACAUCAGAAGGAUAUCGAUCAGAAACAUCAGAAACGACUUUACGGAAAGCCACUUCACACGACGAUUCGACAACUGCUGAUCCUGGGUGACAUCAAAGGCGCCGAACGGUUGAAGAGUGAGUUCCGGGUGCCAGAUCGGCGCUACUGGUGGCUUCGAAUUCAGGUUCUCGCCCAGCAGUUCCAGUGGGAUGAACUGGAGAAGUUUGCCAAAGCAAAGAAAAGUCCCAUCGGUUACGAACCGUUCGUUGAGGUGUGCCUCGGUCAGAGCCGACCGGAUGAAGCGAAAAAGUAUCUGCCACGGUGCAGUGAGGAGAACAAGUUCAAAUGGUAUUUGCGAGCUGGAUUGCACGUCCAGGCCGCUAUGAUUGCGUACGAACAGAAGGACAUCGAUAGUUUGCUGAAAAUUUACGACUACUGUUCCAACGAUUCGGCACUGACGGCCAAGGUCGAAGCUCUGAUCGGGCAGCUGUCGUCGAAGAAGUGAACCGAUGUGGUUAGGGAAAUGAAUUUGUUAUGCAAAUGCAAUAAGAAUCAUAUUUAGACCAUUAAAAUUAUAUACAUUCAA